AUGUGGUCGGCAACAUCAGCUAUUAUAGUUGAUAACGUUGAUUGUUUACGACAAGAAACUACUGAAAGUUCACUAUCAAAUGAAGGAAGUGAAGGUGAUAAUGACGAUGGUGAUAAUCCAUCACAGGAUGAAGGAUCCGACAAACUAGUAUCAAAGAAAAAAGUGACAAAAAAAGCCAGUCGUAUAUUACGUAAAAAAAACAAAUCAGAACCUCCACCAGAUGACGAACCAGAAGAACAAGAAUUGUUUGAAUGUCCUGAGGGUACGGGAUGGGAUGAAAAAACAUCGUCGUGCAAAUGGAUUGAUGAUGUCAAUUGUGAGGCGAAAAAAUUGGAUUAUUCAACAACGUCAGAACGGUCAACCACGUUAAGAAAGAAAUCAGUUUCUGAAUCGACUAUCAAUUCUGUUACAUCAUCAGGAAUUGAAAAAGGUGAAAAUCAAGUAAUCGAAUGUCAACCAGUUGGCUCGUAUAAUGUUCCCGAUCAAAAUGAAUGCAAUGCUUAUUAUCAAUGUGAAAAUGGUCAUCGUACAAAAUUAUCAUGUCCUGAAAAACAAUUAUUUGAUACUGAAAAACAAGAAUGUGAUCUAUUUUCUAAAGUACUUUGUGGUACUAGAUCGAUGAAUUUAGCCGAUAAAAAUCAAUGUAGUGGUCGACGAGAUGGUAUAUUUCCCGAUACGGAGCGAGAAUGUCGAGUAUUUUUUCAAUGUGUUGGACAAGUAAAAACACGAGAAGCAUCAUGCCAUAAUAACCAAAAAUUUAAUAUAUAUACAAAUAAAUGUGAUCAGCCUCAAAAUGUACCAUCUCCAUGUGGCAACUAUCUUCCCGGACAUGCAUCUUCACGUAAGUAG